UUCCUUUUUUUUUUUUUUGGCAGCGCGGUCAUAUUUCCGUUUUUUGCGGCUUGACGUCGCGUCCGGAUCGGGUCGGUUCAGUGGCCUUAAUCUACUGUAGACGUGCGGGAUUCAAGCAUAGCAUCACGGUGCUCAGACCACUGGUCAUCUUGCUCCGUUGACCGAGGGCCACUUUUUUUUUUUAAACCCCUUUUGGGAAAGAGUGCUGUAGAUUGCCAGCUAAUGCGCAGCAGAGCGCUCGCAGUUCCAACAAACCGUUGACCAUGUCCAACGACAUGGUGCGCAAGGGCAUCGAGCUCGCCAAGGAAGCUACUGAACUCGACCGCCAGGAGAAAUUUGAAGAGGCCAAGCAUGGUUACGAAUCUGCUGUCCAGUAUCUCAUCAUGGGCCUCAAAUAUGAGAAGAACAAAACAACCAAGGACAUGAUCAAUGCCAAAUGCGGUGAAUAUCUUUCUCGAGCUGAACAACUCAAGGAUAAGCUCUCUGGCGCGAACAAAAAGAAGCCCGUCGUAGAAGGCGGGAGUGGCUCAGACGGUGAUUCGGAGGAAGACCCGGAGAAAAAGGCGCUCCAAACCGCUCUCGAGUCGGCCGUUGUGGUGGAAAAGCCCAACAUCAAGUGGUCUGACGUUGCUGGUCUUGAUGGCGCCAAGGAAGCCCUGCAGGAAGCCGUCAUUCUCCCCAUGCGCCUUCCACACCUCUUUACUGGCAAACGCCAGCCCUGGCGUGGUAUUCUUCUCUAUGGUCCUCCGGGAACCGGCAAGUCCUUCUUGGCCAAGGCCGUGGCCACAGAAGCCAACAACUCGACCUUUAUCAGUGUGUCUUCCUCAGACCUGGUCAGCAAAUGGCAGGGCCAAUCCGAACGAUUGGUCAAGACACUCUUUGACAUGGCGCGUGAGCGCGCGCCCUGCAUCAUCUUCAUUGAUGAGGUUGAUUCGUUGUGUGGAACUCGUUCUGAGAACGAGAGCGAGAGCUCGCGCCGCAUCAAAACUGAAUUCCUGGUGCAGAUGCAAGGCGUGGGUCAUAGCAAUGACAAUGUUCUUGUCCUCGGUGCCACAAACUUGCCUUGGGCCUUGGACUCGGCCAUCCGCCGUCGCUUUGAGAAGCGUAUCUACAUCCCUCUGCCCGACACUGCUGCGCGCCGCGUCAUGUUCAAGCUUAAUGUUGGCGACACGCGCUGCACCCUGACUGAUGCCGACUACCUCGAGCUGGCCGGCUGCACCGAAGGCUACUCGGGUGCCGACAUUGGCAUUGUUGUCCGUGAAGCCAUCAUGGAACCAGUGCGCAAGGUUCAACAAGCAACUCAUUUCAAGCAGGUGACCGGACCUGUUCACGGCAAGCCUGGAGAGAUUGCUCACGACAUGUGGUCACCGUGCAGCCCGGGCGACCCAGAUCCCUCCAAGCGCUGCAUGACCUGGAUGGAUGUCGAACCGAGCAAGCUACUGGAGCCUCCAGUAGACAUGCAUGACAUGCGCCGUGCCGUCUCGCACACCAAGCCGACAGUGAAUCACGAGGAUUUGGAGCGUAUUGAUCAGUUUACCCGUGACUUUGGUCAGGAUGCUUAGAGGCUGCAGUCAUGUAGCUUUGCGUGCCGUUCAGGGGUUUUGAGGGUGAGGGGGAGGUGUUUGUCUCAAUUUUUUUUUUGCACAAAAAAUCUAUCGCUUUUUUUUU